AUGGUUUCCGCACAGGCCGAGGUUGUUCAUUUUGGUUCCGAGGCUGUUGCUGUGGAGACUUUGGCCAAGACACCCGGCCGGCAGAUGGUGGAGGUUGUCGCUGAUGAUGGCGUAGACAUUUUACAGGAGCCAGUGGAAGGUGCUUUAGUUCUCGGCAGGAGGAGCUUUGGUGAAUUCUUGCUGGCAGACUCGCAAACGUAUCAUGGCUGGAUCCGCCUCUCUGAUGACGAGGGCUGGGCGCAGGCCGUGAGUGGCUCCGGCGAACGCAUGCUGAUGGGAGCCGCGGAUGCCCAGAAACGGAAAUUGCGCUUAAAAGGUGCGCUCAUGGUAGCGGAGCGCCUGGUUGGAAGGCCAAACCCAUUGGGAGGAAGCAUUGAAGAAGCCAGUCGAGAUUGGAGACAAUGGUCUUAUCGUCUUGAGCUGUGGCUGAGUAGCCAAUUUCCAGAUGCCCGGACUCUACUGGGAUGGGCCCGUGACCAGGGCGAUACGAAGAUCACCUUGGCAAACCUUGAGUCUAUGAGCUUGCCGUCUCAAGUGCAAAGGGAAACACUGCUGGACUUCAAUCGCCAGCUGGAAUUGGUACUCGGCACCCUGACUACCGGAAGUCCGGGGGACAUUGCCAUGAACUCUAGUGCUGGCUCUGGCCUAGACAUGUUCAGGCGACUGCAUUCACGAUUGGACCCAACAGACGCAGUGACCUCUAUGAGAAUCUUGCGCACUCUCAUGUCCACACAGGCUGUGUCAGGCGUAAGUGAACUGGUGCCUGCCAUUGAGCGGUGGGAGGACUCUCAUCGCCGAUACGCUCAGCGUAAAGGCUGCAAUGCCUUGGACGAGCAACAAAGGAUUGUAUCAAUUCUUGGACUGGCCCCACCGGCCCUUUCAGCACACUUGGAACUCAACAUGUCUCGGUUGACAACGUAUGACGCCAUGCGGCGGGAAAUGGUGAGCUAUGCUGAGACUCGCCGGGCUCUCACUACACCAGCUGAUUCAGGAGCCACUCCUACGGAGAUUGAUGCACUGAAAGGGGCAAAAAGUCGUGGCAAGGGCCGGGGAGGAAAUGGCAAGGGGGCCAGGCAACAGAUCACCUGCUACGUUUGCAACAAGAAGGGCCACAUGGCCAAAGACUGUUGGCAGCGACAAGACUCAGAGAAAGAUGCAAAGAAAGGAUCCAAGGGAAAAAAGGGCAAAGGUAAAGGAAAGACAGGUAAAGCUCAUGAGGUUGAGGGCGAUGAAGGCCAUGAGACCUAUGAGCUUGAAUACUUUGAGGACUGGGAUCACGAAGUUCAACCCGAGGAGGAUCCCGAUCCGGAAGUAGGAGCAGCUUGCAGAGAUGAAGCUAGACAGAAGGCGGGUGUAAGGAAUCGUUCUCCCCGCUUUGCUGCUGACAUUGCUGCUGGAUGCAAUCCACGUCAAGCAUGGAGGAAGGAGAAAAGCCGCCAACGGGCAGCAGACAAUAGACAGAAGAGCCGGCCAGACAGGGCCGCAGACCGCAUCCAGAAAGACAAUGACUGGCAUGAGAAAUUCACAGCAAAAGAGGGCCGAAAGCUUGAGGCCUACCCUCUCAUCCCCAAUGGGGACCUGAUCGCUGCACCCCUGACAAGGAAGGAGAAGCAGCUCUUCCGUCAAGAGGAUGCAGACAAAGAACUGGUUGAUGCGCAUCCGCGUGACUGGACACGCGCAACCCAAUGGGGGGACCACAAGGCCGAUGAGUUCGAGGAGAUUGCUGUUGAGACAGAGCCCGAAGAGUUCGAGGAGAUUAAGGUGGAGUCAGAGGACGAAUCGCCAAGGCCACGGCUGAUGAAGAGCCAGAUUCUCGAUCGGGCAGUGGCUGGGAUUGCGGCCGUGACGGCGCAAUCAAAGAAGAAGGCUGUCAAGCCCAAGUGGGAAGCCAAGGAGGAGAGCGAUGGUCUCUUGAACCACGUCUCGGGGCAAAGGACCGCAUCGGUACCUUGCCCGAAGCCCACGCAGUACGAAUGUGUGCAGUGUACCCUGGACAGCGGGGCCACCCACAGCGUACUGCCAGUGGCAACACUGGACAUCUUGCCACUGCUGAAGCCGGAAGGGCCCGAGGGGUUCCGAACGGCAUCCGGAGCCUGGAUCCCCAACAUCGGGAGCCGCAAAUUCACUAUGGUGACUCAGGACGGGAAAUGCCUGAAAGCAGCCUUCCAUGUGGCCGAUGUGUGGCGACCUUUGCUGUCAGCAACCCAGUGCGCAAAAGCAGGGAACACCAUUACUAUGAACGCACGCGGGGCCAUCAUCACCAAUGACAAGACGGGCGGCACGCAAGGGAGCACCUAUCCCGAGAAGGCUGUGCUUAAAGACCUGAACUUCUUGGGUUACCGCCGGCUGGUUCUGAAGCAUGACCAAGAGCCGUCUAUCAAAGCUCUUGCCCGUACCGUCAAGGCAGGCUUUGAAGGCGAGGUUCUGCCGGAAGAGUCUCCCAAAGGGGACGCCCACGGCCAAUCCAAUGGUGCAGCUGAGCGUGCCGUGCAGACCUGUCAAGGACUCGUGCGGACGCUGAAGGCGCAUCUUGAGCGCCCCAUUGGGUCCAGCUUCAGCGUUUUGGCUUGGAUGGUGGAGCACGCGGGAACGCUGCACACCCUCUACAGCCAAGAAGGUGGAGGCACACCUUACCGAAGGCUGUACAUCCGCCAGGCUGAUCUGGAAUUUCACGGGUACACAGGUGGCUACGAUGCUUGCGCCGCUAUCCGUGAAGGGCGCAACCGUUCUGGCAUCCUGCACUCUGAACAUUGCCGCAAGCGAGUGAUUGAGGCAUUGGGAACAACGGAUGUUGGACGGCUACGGCUUGAACGCGAAAAAGAAAAGGAGGAACUGUAUAUUGCCAAGGUCAUUGAAGAAGAUGACAAGAAGCGCAAGCAGGAAGCCCAGCCGAAACAACAGGAAGACAAGAGUGAAAAGAAAAGGGCGACAAGCCUGGAGGCGCCGCAGGCGGCCAUACUGCCCCCUCCCAAUCCGGGAGGCGCCUCUUCAUCCUCAGGUCAGAGCACCGAUUCGGUUGCCCGACCUAAACGGAAGGGAGGUGAAGCAGAUGACAGCUUGCGCGCUGAAGAACGUGAGCAACUUCGAAGCGCCCCGCAGAAGCGGAAGGCGGAAGAACCAGAAGCCAUGCUGGAGAGUCUCAUCCACGCACAGAGGGAGGCUUACAUCGGCACACUGGCUUCCUCAAGACCCACAUGCGACUGGGAAGACGGCCUAUCGCAAGAGCAGAUCUACCAGACUUUCUAUGAUGAUCGGACGGGAAAGGAACUGCCGGCCGAAGGCGUCCGCGCAGCCCGUGCAGAGGAGAUCUCUGUUAUCCGAUCCAUGGGCGUCUGGCAGGUCAUUGACAGGCCCAAGAACGAGCCAGUGAUCGGAACCCGGUGGCUGGAUGUUAACAAGGGCGACGAAUUGCGAAUGAAACUUCGCAGUGGCCUCGUAGCCCAGGAGUUGCGACGGAAGAAGGCUGGUGCCCAAACUUCGGAUGACCCUACAUGGGAAGAGUUCUUUGCGGCUAUGCCGCCCUUGUUGUCUCUGCGUGCGCUCUUAAACCACGAAGCGUAUUCCAGGCGCUUGUUGGUGAAGUUGCUGCCAGAGGCUGGCGAAUCCCCAAACAAGGUUGGGCUUCUCAAGAAGAGCUUGUACGGUACCCGCGAUGCCCCGAGCAACUGGGAGCAUGCCAUCAAGGUGGUCUUCGAAGCUUGUGGGUUCACGCAGGGCUUGAGCAACCCAUGCAUCUACUUCCAUGAGGAGCGCCAGUUGUACGCAAAUGUGCACGGAGAUGACUUCACUGUUGUGGGCGACUUUCACCAACUCCAGUGGCUGGUCAAUACCCUCAAGGCCUCUUGGACGUUGGAUGUUCGUGGCAUCUUGGCAAGACCCGGUUCGGGUCUGCCAGCCUCCGAAGUAAUCCACAGCAUCAGCGUUCUCAAUCGCCUGGUUACGUGGACUGAGAAGGGCAUUGAAAUGGAAGCUGAUCCGCGUCACGUGCAGUUGGUCUUGCAGCAACUCAACCUUGAAGCAGCGACUCCAGUAGCCACCCCGCUGGUCAAGACAAAGCCUGGUGAGGAAAAUGACACGCCUCUGUCAACCAGUGAGGCUGCCACGUACAGGAGCACUGCAAUGAGGCUUGGGUAUCUGUCGUUGGACAGACCUGAUCUGCUCCGAACGGUGCGGGAAUUGGCGAAAGGAUUGGAAGAGCCGACCAUGCACCAUUGGUCAAUGCUCAAGCGGGCUGCCAGGUAUUUGCGGGGAUGCGCAAGGCUGGUUCAACUCAUCCCACACCAAAACAGCUUCACGACUGUCCUGGGUUGGUCCGAUUCGGACCACGCAGGUUGCGUCCGGAGCCGGAAAUCAACAACAGGGACUGUCAUCCAGCUUGGCCAGAGCGUCAUCAAGGCCCAGGCCAAGGGUCAGGCAGUCAUCGCGCUGUCGACGGGCGAGGCCGAAUAUUACGGGUUGAUCAGCACAGCGUCAGCUGCAUUAGGCGAACAGGCAAUGCUUCAGGACUGGCAGAUAGCGUGUCCUGUCGUUAUUGCUCUCGAUGCCAGCGCUGGCAUCUCAAUCGGCUCCCGCCGUGGCCUGGGGCGCGUGAAACACAUCGAAACGUGUUUCUUAUGGGCGCAGGACCUUGUAGACAAGCAGCGGCUUCGACUAAGAAAGAUUCGACCGGAUGAAUUGCAGCUCACCACCACCGACGGAGAGGCUGCACCGGAAGAAGCACAGAAAGAGCAGACGGCUGCCGCCAUGGUUGAGGCCGCGCGAAGAGAAGCGCUGCGGCAACUGGAGUCGGCCGCUCUUUCGGGCAACUCAGCCUUCUUUUGUGCUGCUUUGGAAGUGGCACGACAGCAGGGUGUCUCGAAGAAGGACAUUGCAAAGGCCAAUGCCAUGCGUUCAUGA